UAUUUCGCAAUAAGAUUUAUUUGUAAAUUUUUAGUUUCGAGCAAAAAUGUCGUUUCAGACUAAUUAUAAGUUAUGGAUAACAACGAGAAGAGAUCUUGAUCACAUCAUCCGUAGGCAAAAUGUUUUAAAGCAGCGUGAUCCGAUUGAGGAGAAACCAAUAACCUUUAAAAUAUUUAUGCAAAUGUAUGUUUUGUAUGCUGAUUUGGUAGAGAAAUUAGCUCGAUUGUAUACCGGUACGUUACAAGUUCAAAAGCGUGAAAUAAUAAGCGGUUUAUUAGACGAUGCAGCCAAGCGAUUGGCAGAGUUGCGAAAUGAAUUGAAAGCAAUAGAAUUAAGUGAAUUUUUAUAUCUUGAUAAAGAGCUUAUAGAACGAAAGCUAAUUCCGCAUGAUUUACUUAUAUGGCGGUCACCUGAAUUUCUAUACCGACGUCCACCUGAUCUGCAAGACAUAAUGUAUGAAAACCGAUUGUUUAUGAGUCCCCAUGAUAUGGAAAGAAUGAUAGCUAAAGAUAAAGAAAUUUUAUCAAAUGCUCUCAUAUUAAUACAAUCCCAUGAAAGAGCAAGACAGGCACGCGUUUACAGAGCGGCCAUAAGAUAUGACAAAUCAAAUUUGAAAAUACGCAUAGAAAACAAGAUUCCAUAUACAUUCACACAUAAAAAAGAUCAAGGAAUGAGCAUUCCGGUUAAGAGAACAAUCUUUAGUGCCAAUUUUCUGAAACCUUUACCAGAAUGUCGUAACUUGUUGGAUACUGAGACCAUUGAGAUUAAUACUGUUAGCGACGAAGAAGUACAAAGGAUGGCUCGAAUGCAAGAAGCUGCUGCGUUGGUGAUUCAAUCUGCAUGGCGAGCAUAUAGAGCUAAGACUUUGGUGGAAAAGAAAAAAAUAAACAAACUGGUGUUAUAUGGAAUGAUAAAAGACAGAAUCCAUAUGGAUCCAAAAGCUCGCAAUAAGGCCAUAUUGGACAUGUAUCAAAAGGAAAUAAGAAAGAAGAAAUUGGAUGAAGAUUUUGUCGCUUUAAUGACCAAUGAAAGGACUCGAUUGUUGCAGGAACGUACACCGUGGAUUAUGGAAGAUAUAUCUGAUCAUAUAAGAGCAUGGUUCCGAGAAUUUUAUGAUAAACUGGAAGAUUUCCAUCCGUAUCCAGACGCUUUGAAAGGCGGCACUGUAUUACUUGUAAGAGACGAAACGAUGACUCUGGAUGAGUUUAAAGAGUUCAAAGAUAGGGCGAAUCUAUCAAAAGAGGAGAAAAAGAAACUAGCCGAGAAGGAAAAACAACAAAAGCAAAAAGAAAAAGAGAAGCUGAAAAAGGAAAAAAUGAAAGAAGCGAAAAAGAGAAAAAAGUUGAAGGACGCGGGGGUUUACGACAUAGCUUAUGAUUUGUCCAUCAAUCCAGCCAUCACGGAAAUGGAAGCCUUAAUGAAACAGUACUCGGUGGAUUGGAGAAAUAUAGAUGAAUACCUUAAUAAAAAUCAAGUAGCAAUUAAGGAAUGGGUAACCGAAAAUGAGCUUGCUAUUAUCCAUAAAGAGUUACGAGCUUUGGUGGACGAAUAUAUGAUUUUGGAAUACGAAAUGCUGCAAAAAGCUUUAGCUGCCGAUCGGAAAAAGAAAUAUGUUCCAACGAAAGGUAAGAAGCCUAAAGAGAAGGAUAAAAAACGCAAAAAGAAACGAAUUAGUAAAGACUUGACAGCCGAUCGGACAAUUGAAUCGUUAUACGAGGAGCUUGCUGCUGAUGGUAUAAUUGAGUCAUAUCCGAUUAAGACGUUUGAUACUUUUGUGGCAGAUUUUAAUUAUUUAGCUGAUGAUAAACGUGAUGAAGACGGCUUGAUUAUGAUUGGCCCAGCGAAGGCUGAUCUUAAAGCUGUUAUACAAGAAAGUAUGUUUGGAAUGGGACAGACGGAUGUCGACAAACCAAAAUCGCUUUGUAUAGUUGGACCAUUUAAUAACGGCAAAAAGCUACUCGUUAAUAUUAUUGCUUCUGAAAUAGAUGCUCUGCUUAUGAAUUUGAGUCCAGAGAAAACAGCCAAAUAUAGCGAUAGAAUCAAUUAUUUUCUUCAUGUAAUUAUAAAAGUUGCGCGAGCUUUUCAACCAACUAUUAUUUUUAUUAAUGAUGUUCAUCGAGUCUUUUGGAGAAAAGUACCUAAGGAACAAGAAGAUUUAAAACCGCAACUCUUGGCGGCACCUUUUCAAAAAAAAUUGCUCAAGCCGAUUAGGAAAAGUGAUAGAAUUAUGAUAGUGGGAACGACUGACCAACCAUGGGUUGCCAGCGGCAAAUUUAAUAAAGCAUUUCAAAGAAUGCUGUUAAUUCCACGUUCCGAGUAUGGGUCAUUAUUUCUGUUAUGGCUUGAAUAUCUGAUACAAAAUGUUGGUGGCGAGGAUGUUAAAGAUUAUAUGGUAACUGCGCUAACCAAGGUUUUUCGUAAUUACCAAACGGGGGACGUUGUCGCCAAUAUUAACACUACAUUGAAUGUUCAGCGGAGAAUGCGUUUACAUCGAGAACCGUUGCAACCUUCUGAAAUUAUGAAUUAUUUCUUUGAUAGACCUGAACCACUAUUUCCUCCCGAUGAAAAGAUAAUUGAAAAGUAUGAGACAUGGUUCAAUCGAGUUAAUAAAUAUGCAAAACAGAAGACAGCUUUUCGUUUAAAGAAACAAGCUCAACAGAAGAAGAAGAAGUAAAGUUCCUGAAUAAAUAAAUGCGAAA